CAACAUGUGAAACAUUACUUGAUGCUAUUGAAUUAUUACGUGCAAAUAUAAAAGAAAAUUAUUAUCUAUUAAAGAAAUUACAUGUGGAUCAAGAAAAACUAGCUGAAUUUACCACGAACUUAUAUAAUGAUUGUGUACCAUUAUUAUUACGUAAUUUUAUUGGAUUUCUAACAAUUAAUGAUCGAAAUUUUAAUACUAUGAAAUGUAAUUAUAAAUAUCAUAAUAUGUUAGAUGAAGAUUUAUUUCGACAAUCAAGAAAAUGGUUGAAGGUAGCGUCGAUUGGAUAUGAUAUUAUCAGUUGUAAAAACGAACGUUAUAUUACACCAAAACAUUACUUGUUAGGAAAUGAAGUAUUUCGACAUGAACGUUCGUUGCAGUUAUUAACAAUAUUAAACAGAUUUGGGCACACAUGUUCAUACAAAAGUUUAAUUCGGUUACACGAACGAAUCGCUAGUAAACAGCCAUCAUCAACGACGUUACCAAAGACAGUUCAACCAAACUGUUUUGCCGUUAAAGUGGCUGAUAAUUUCGAUUUAAAUAAAGAGACAAUUCACGGAGAAAAUAGUAUGCAUAUCUUGAAUCAGAUUAUAAUACAAAAUCCGGAAAAUCAACAUCAAUUAACAAUAACUUCUUUUCCAUCGUUAUCAACAUCUAACGUCAAUGAAUGUCCAUCAGUAGAAUGUCUCAUGCCGCGAAGUCCGCAUGAGGAUCAUACAUAUGCACUAUCAGAACAGAUAACAUAUACAAACGUAGAAUCAAUAUCAUCAGUACCACAAAUCACACAUAUUAAUCAUGUAGCAUUUAUCGAUAAAUCAUUUGAAUUAUAUUUGUUAGCAUAUAAUCUUACAAAAAUGUGGUUUUCCAAGGGAGAAAAUAGAACAAAAUUAAUAUUUGGAGAAGAACAUGUGCAUGUGCCGUUAUUAGCUGGUUUUUUUGCGAUACAUUUAGUGUUUCCACUAAAACCCAUUCAUAAAAUUACAUUUUGUAGUCCAAUCGAUGAGGAUCCAAAUAAACUGGAAUGUGCAGAAUUAUGCCUUAGAAGCACAAAAAAAAUGUUUAUUGAUUCUUAUUUCCAGUCAGAAGCCGUUAUUGUUGUCGAUGAAAAAAUAUAUAGAAAUUGUUUACAGGCAAAAUAUGAUCAUCCCAUUGAUUUUCAAAAAAUAACAAUAUAUCCAGGAGAUUUUCAUUUAAUGAAAUGUUAUAUGAAUGUUAUUUGGGAUGUUAUGAGACAAUCUGGUAUCGAAGAUCUGUUAACUUAUAUAUAUAAAGGUGCAACAUUACGAGCUAUUUUAAAUGUGUCGCAUUUUAACAAAUCUUUGAGAGCUCUUAAACUGAUUUAUACAGCAUUGUCCAUGUUAAUAACACAAGAAUUUAUCAAUACAUUAUCGCCGUUAAUAAUGACUGAAUUUCAAAAAAUUAUGUGCGAAAUACCCAAUGAUUAUUCCAAUAAUAAUAAAAAACAAGAUUGGUUUCAAAAUCUAAUUCAGUGCAUUGAUGGUGUAGAAUGUCGACGUCUAUUUGACAGUUGGAAAAAUGAAAAAUGUAAACAAAAUAUAAAAUUCAAAUUUUGGACUUUUAUUUUAUGUGAAGUAAUUGAACCAUUGAUCAGUUUAUACAUGGCAGUCAGAACAUCCAAUUUUGAUGCAAGAAAUGCUGCAUUUAAUAAUAUAGCACCAAUGUUUUUCGCUACAAUUCAUCGAAAUUAUGCUCGUCUGUCAGCACAACAUCUGCUCGAUUUACAAACAUGUUCAAAAUCUUUAUUUGAGAUUUUAUCAAAAUGUUUUGCUGUAAGAAGGACAACAAGACCAUUUUCCACAAUAGCCAUGGAUCAAACAAUUGAAUGUACUAUUAACAAAAUGGGAAAGGGUCAUGGUGGUAUAUCAGGCCGUUUUCGACCCGAAUUAGUUGAUAUAUGGUCGAAAACAUUUACGUUCAGAACAUUGUUAUCAACAAUUAGCAACGAAAUAGCUGGUUAUGAAAACAAUACUAAUAGUGUUGAUGCGCAUAUUGAAUGUACGCCAACAAGAUUAAAAUUGGAUGAAGAAGACUUAAUGUUGAUAUUAUCAAAAUUAAACUAUGAAAAGCUAUAUUCAUGUGAAAACGAUCAUGUUACACAAUUAUUAUCUGGAAAAUUAAUACAUGAUGAUAUUGUUACUAAUAUAUGUUCUUAUAAACAGCUUGGUUUGGAUUCAUUAUACAAGUAUGUGAAUGAACGUUUAGUAAAUAAAACAGUAUCAAUUGCAGAACCAUUAAGAGCAGUCUCAAUCUUAAGAUUACGUGACAAUGAUUUCUAUGAGCCAAGCACCAAAAAAGUCAAGCAAAUACGAAAAAAUACUAAUAACAUUAAAAAUAUUGAUGACCAAAUGAGAAGAGCUCUUCUGUUAGGCGAAUAUCGACAACUAAAUUUAUCAUCAAUAUUUAGUUAUGAAUUUGCAAAAUUUCCAAUUUCAUUGUGUGAUAGCAACAAUCCAUUGCUGAUGAAUCAGCAAAGUAAAUCAAUUGCAUUAAAAUUUCUCGAAGAAAAAUUUUCAACAAGUUUUAGUGAUAAACACCCAAUAAAAUCUAUAAACAUGUGUUCAACAUCAAAUAAUAAUUCAGCUAUUAUUAUCGACGGUGGUAGUUUAUUACAAACAAGACCUGUCCGCAACAGUACAGUCUACGAUUAUGCAUCAUGUUUAUUAAAAAGAAAAGUCUUUGAUUAUUUUCUAUGUUUCGACCGUGUAGACAUUGUUUUCGAUUCAAAUCUUAGCGGUGAUAUGAAAAUGUUUACAAAUCGACAUGGUAAUGAUAUACAUAAAAUUAAAUAUGAUUUUACUAGAGAUAGUAAAUUACCAACAGGAAAGAUGUAUGAUGAUCUGUUACGAGGAGGUAAUCGUGCAAAUUUAGCAGCUGCAAUUGUUAAAUGUUGGUCUGAACAAACUCUUGUAGAAUGUUUACCAGACAACAAAAGUCUGGUAGUUGGUGGUCCGGAUAAAAAUGCAAUAACGCUAAAAAAGAAUUCACCGGCAUCUUACUUGAUUGAGUUAGAAAGUAAUCAAGUCGAAGCUGAUACGAGGAUGAUGUUGCAUAUAAAUCAAAUGAUGGGUAAUAAUGAUUAUGAUAGCAUUGUUGUGAAAUCGAUUGAUACCGAUGUGGUUUUCUUAUGUAUUUACUAUGCGUCUCUUAUCAAAAUAUCUAUGUUAUUUGUGGAUUACUCGUUGCCACAAACAGAUAAACAGCGAUACAUCAACUGUACAACCAUACAAAAAGAAUUAAUUGAAAAAUAUCGUAUUUUGCCACAAAUAUUAUUGAAUGUAUAUACGCUCUCUGGUUGCGACACAUGCUCAUUCGUCAGAAACAUUAGUAAAACAACAUUUCUUCAGACAUUAUUCAAUAAUAACGGUCAAUACAACGACCUUGAUCGAUUAAAAGCAUUACCAACAACAAAAGAUGAUAUUAAGACCGUCGAAAAGUUAAUAAUCGAUUGUUUACAUAACCGGCGUCGAUCUUCACAAGCACUAUCAUCAUCGUCUCAAGUAAUACAACAACAAAUUUUAUCAGUCGACACAUUACGAGCAAUAAUGGCGAUGAAUGCAUUAAAACAAAAGAAGAAGGCCAUCGCACCCACAUUACCACCCACCAGUGAUGCGCUACUCUACCAUUGUCUACGUGUAAGUAGACAAAUACAAAUCUGGAAAAAUGCAAUGGAUAAUUAUAUCAAUUACCCGGAAUUAACCGACUGUGGUUUUGAAACCGUUAAUGAUCGUCUGGAAAUUAAAUGGACAUCAAAAUUGCCAUUUCCAAAUGAUCCUGGAUUAAAAACAUGUGGCAAAUGCAAGGGUAAUUGUCAUAAAUGUAAUUGUGGACAAAAUUAUCAACCAUGUACCAUUUAUUGUCAAUGUUCAGCUCAAGUAUGUGAAAAUCGUGCUCAUGCGAUGAAGCAGCCCAAAAACUGCGCUACAACAAUGUUUACUGAAACAUCGGUAAUCAAUAGCCUACUAUCAGAUGAUGAUGAUGGCGGUGUUGAUUAUUCUUUUAAUUCCGGCGAUGAAGGUGAUAAAAAUGAAGAUAGAAUCGAAGAUGAAGACGCUUUAUCUUAUUUUGAUCUUGAUGAAUCAGGCCCAAAUUACUCUCGAACAACUUUAUUAGAACCAACGUUUAAACAACCAAGUAUUCCAUCUACAUUCCGAUCUUCGUCAAAAAGAGUGAAAUUCUCGUUUAACGAAUCAGGCGAAACUACAGAUAAUUCAUCAAAAGUAACAAGAAGUUAUUUAUCAGCAUCGACAUCGCAACCCAUUCGAAGAUAUUCAAACUACAAUGUGCUCGAUGAUUUGACAAAUAACUGGAAUGAAGAUCAAGAUUGA